AUGGUUGACGUCACGUCGUACUUUGGUAAAGGGCAGAAUUCUCAAAGAGUAGGCAAAUCUUCCCAACCAACUAGGCUAAAACGAAAAGCGGAUGCCCCCGAAUUCAUUGACUUGGAUAAGGAUGAUGAUAUAGAAGAACCCCAGUCUCUCAAAAGACCCCGGGAUAACGUUGAAGCUAAACAAGAAAGGCGAACUGUCGAUCACCCUAAGAGAAGAGCAUCGAAGACAGGUUGUCAAAAGAUGGGAUCACCUAACGAGUCGCCUAAGAUACCCAAAAAUCAAAGGAAAACGAGUUUGAAUGUACAUGAUGUUUUGGAAAACAUCCCUUCGGUUGACUUAUCCGGCGUUCAUGUCAAAGAGAAUGUGUCUAGAUUUGGAGGCACCAAGACUUCGGAUGAUGCAGGGGACCUAAAAAACGUAGUAGGAUUUCCAGAGGGGAAACCUAACUGUUUGCUUGGUUUGACAAUGGUCUUCACUGGUGUAUUGCCCUCUUUAGAAAGGAGCCAAGCUGAGGGCUUAGCAAAAAGAUAUGGUGCGCGUGUCACCAAAUCCAUCUCAAGCAAAACAUCAGUGGUAGUUCUUGGAGAUGAAGCUGGUCCUAAAAAAGUAGAGAACAUAAAAAAGCUAGGAGUGAAGGCAAUUGAUGAAAACGGUUUCAAACAGCUUAUUGAGGGAAUGCCCGCUGAAGGUGGAGAUGGAGCAGCAGCUGAGAAAGCACGUCAAAAAUUAGAACAACAACAACAACAGGCUAUCUUAGACGCAGAAACAAUCGCAAAAGAAGAGGAUGAAAGAGCAAAAAGAAUUGCCUCUGCAAAAAAAUCAGGACAAAAUAUGAAAUCCUCACACAUGGUGGAUGACAAAAAUAAAUUGUGGACAGAUAAAUACGCACCAACCUCGUUACAACAGAUGUGUGGUAACAAAGGCAGCAUAAAUAAAUUGAAGAAUUGGUUGAUUAAUUGGGAGCAAAGUAAGAAAGAUGGUUUCAAAAAUGCUGGGAGAGACGGUACUGGCAUAUUCAGAGCAGCGCUACUUUAUGGUCCUCCCGGCAUUGGUAAGACCACUGCUGCUCAUCUUGUUUCUGAGGAAUUAGGUUAUGAUAUUUUGGAACGUAAUGCUUCUGAUGUCAGAUCUAAAUCUUUAUUAAAUGCGGGAGUCAAAAAUGCACUCGAUAACACUUCUGUUGUCGGGUAUUUCAAGAAAAAAGAACAGGAGCAAGAAAGUAAUUGCGAUAAAUUUGUAAUUAUUAUGGAUGAGGUUGAUGGUAUGAGUGGUGGUGAUCGUGGUGGAGUAGGUCAACUGGCGCAAUUUUGUCGCAAAACAGCAACGCCUAUGAUAUUAAUCUGUAACGAAAGGAAUCUGCCAAAAAUGAGACCAUUUGAUAGAGUUUGCCUCGAUAUACAAUUCAGAAGACCAGACGCGAAUAGCGUCAAGGCCCGACUUAUGACAAUUGCCAUUAGAGAGAAAUUCAAGCUGGAUCCCAACAUUAUAGAUAGCCUACUCCAAGCGACGAACGCAGAUAUAAGACAAAUUAUUAAUCUGCUUUCCGCUGUGUCUAAAACUUCCAAAAGUAUUGGACACGAAAAUGUUGCUGAUAUUAUGGCUGCCUGGCAAAAGAACAUAGCCUUGAAGCCUUUUGAUAUCACGCACAAGCUUUUGGAUGGACGUUAUUAUACAGAUGCAGGGUCACAGAGUUUUACCCUCAAUGACAAAAUUGCCUUAUAUUUUGAUGAUUUUGAUUUCGCUCCGUUAAUGAUACAGGAGAAUUAUUUGAGUACUAGGCCAUCGAACUUGAUGCCUGGAAAAUCACAUAUCGCUGCAGUGGCUGAUGCAGCUGAAAGCAUCUCAUAUUCCAAUUUAGUCGAAGCAAAAAUUCGGAGCAGCGAGCAAUUGUGGAGUCUUUUGCCGUUGCAUGCAGUAGUUUCAUCUGUGUAUCCCUCUUCAAAAGUUGCUGGACAUAUGUCUGGAAGAAUAAAUUUUACUUCGUGGCUAGGUCAGAACUCUAAAUCGGGCAAAUAUUAUCGCUUACUGCAGGGCCUUCAAUACCAUACCCGAUUGAGUACUUCCACAGACAAAAUGGGUUUAAGACUUGAUUAUAUGCCUACCUUUAAACGGAGACUCUUGAACCCAAUAUUGAAAAACGGAGCAGAAGGGAUACCUCCAGUAAUUGAGUUGAUGGAUGCCUAUUAUUUAACCAGGGAAGAUUGGGAUACUAUCAUGGAAUUCCAAGUCGGACCAGAUGCAGCUGAUGCUCAGCUGAAGAAAAUACCAACAUCCGUGAAGACAGCAUUUACCAGAAGAUAUAACAGCACUACACAUCCAGUUGCAAUCUAUAGAACGGGUACUACGACAGCGGUUACAGCCGGGUCUACCAUCAAACCAGACUUUGAAGAUAUUGUUGAUGCGGAUGAUGGGGCACCACCAGCUGACGAAGAUGAGAUAAAAGAAGAUGAGGACUUAAAGAAAGAUAAAUUGAUUAAGCAAAAGGCUAAGCCAACUAAAAGAAAGCCCAGAGCAACUAAUGCAGGCGCGACAAAGAAGAGGAAGACAAAGUAA